CUUGAAGGCGGUGCUUCCUAGCUGCCGGUGGGGAGGGUCAUAGUUGUUUGUGGAGAGUAAAGUUCUUGUAAACUACAAAACUGGUCCUUAAAAAUGGGAACCCGAGAUGACGAGUAUGACUACUUAUUUAAAGGUAAUUUCUGUGUUCAGAUGCAUGAAUGACAGUAUGGAGGAGGUGGGACUCUUCGUCAAAUGUGAUGGCAGCAGUACGAACCGGGGAAGUCAUCUAAGCCACCGAGAAUGCUAAAGUUAGCGGAGUUGAAAACGAUCAUAUGGCAGCUUUCGGCUGUCUCGCAAACUGUGUCAUCUUCGUCAAUAUGAGGCGUUUAUCUAACACUGUGUUAUGCUGUAAGCUUCGUCUUUAGUGGUAUAAACCGUGAAAAAGCUGCUCGGUCUGCGAGCUGUCAGCUAACGCUAGUGAAUUAGCAUGCUAACGAAGGGUAAGUAAGUGGCUAGUUAAAUAAUUAAGCCAUUAUGGUAUCUCCUGACCUCUUAGACACAACAACCUGACACGACCUGAAAACUAACGAAAAUAACAAAAACAGACGCCUACUUUCACCCAAGUCAGCAGGUAGACAUUAGAUGAAGAUGAACUGAGGCUAUUGAGCAGACUUGUUGACAUAAACAUCUCUCUGUAGUUGGUAGUGGUCCUCUAAACAGAGUGACACACAUAAAAAUAAGUUAGCUUGUUUUAAUUUCAGAAAGACAAAUUUUGUUCAGUUUUUUUUUAAUCUAAAAUGUAUUUUUUUCCCUUAAAAAAAAAAUAUAUAUAUAUAUAUAUCUCAGCCAUAACAACACGGACACCUGAGUUAUCUGAUUCAUCUCAAUGCCCUGACGCUGCUUUAAAUUCUUCUUUAUUGAUUUUACUGUUCGACUGAUGUGUCUUUUAAUUGCCGUGUAAGGAUUUCUUGAGUUCCCUGAAAGGCGCCCACAAAUAAAAUGUAUUACUAUAAUAAUUAUUAUUAUUAUUGUUAUUGAAUAAGUAGUGGGUGUUCCUGUCUGACACUGUCAACAAAAACUACAAAUUUACAGUCCUUGUAAGAUUUAAAAUUAUGGUACAGCUGUCAUAAUAGGUUGCAUGAAAUCACUGAGGUGUUCUUACGUUUUAGCUGUUUUGGAUACGUGUAAUAAAAGCAGCCCCAGCAUGAUUUCCCCAUAUUUAUCUACUACUACUACAGACAUUAAGUACUAACUGCUGUUUUGAUUUUAUUGAUUUAUUUGUAUAUUUUAGAAUAGAGUAGAAUUCAACUUUAUUCUCAUAUCACAUGUCACAAGUACAGAUCAACGAAAUGCAGUUUGUAUCCAUCCAGGAGUGCUUGGCAAGUAUAAAUAUGUUUACAAAUGUAUACAGUAUGAAGAGAUAUAUACAUGAGUAUAUCACAGGUAUAUAUGUUAUGAACAUGCUAUGACUAUAAGUAUUUACAGGCUAUAAACAGACUAUAAAUAUAAGUAUAUUAUGGAUAAAUUAUGCAGUAGUGCAAUAUUAGAAUUAUUUACAGUAGUGCAAAUGAGGUUUGAAAGGUUUUAAAUUGGUUUACAGGUAUAAAGUGCAGGUAAUUUUUGAUAAUUGUAAUUUUUUUCUCUAGUUGUACUGAUUGGAGACUCUGGAGUGGGGAAGAGUAACCUGCUGUCUCGUUUCACAAGAAAUGAGUUUAACCUGGAGAGCAAGAGCACCAUUGGAGUGGAGUUUGCCACUCGCAGCAUCCAGGUGGACGGCAAGACGAUAAAGGCACAGAUCUGGGACACAGCUGGACAAGAACGCUACAGAGCCAUCACUUCAGCGUGAGUUGAUUUCAAAGAUCUCAAUUUUUUUUUAAUGUUUGUUUCUUUUCUUUUGCCUGUGAAAUCCCUUCUACUUUCAAUACCGCCUCACUUUCGCAUUAAUAGGAAGGCUUUCCCCUGAAUCUUUUUCACAGUUAAUGUCUACAUACAGUUAAUAUGACACAGUUAAAAAGUACUUGUUUAAUUGGAAACACUUCCAAGCUCAAAGAAAUAAGUGCCAUCUGUAGUGUUUCUGUGUACAUGAGAGUUGUUAUAUUAGAAAUGAGAGCAAUGCUGCAACACUUCGCUCAUCACUGUCCCUUCUUCACUUUGUUUUCACCAGGUAUUACAGGGGCGCAGUUGGGGCUCUCCUAGUUUACGACAUCGCCAAGCACCUGACAUAUGAGAAUGUGGAACGCUGGCUGAAAGAACUCAGGGACCACGCUGACAACAACAUUGUCAUCAUGUUGGUUGGAAACAAAAGUGACCUCCGCCAUCUCAGGGCAGUCCCAACUGAUGAAGCUCGAGCUUUUGCAGGUAAAGUAUCAAUAGCUUUAUUGAAUCUGUUAUCACCAGAUCCUCGAUAGUACCAUUAUCUCUCACCUGAGGGAAUAUACAGGGUGUUAAACUUGACUGGCUUCCUCAAAAGUGCUUCAAUACGUGAAUCACUUUUUGUUCCUUCUUUUAAUCACCCCAGAAAAGAACACUCUCUCAUUUAUUGAGACCUCUGCCUUGGACUCCACUAAUGUAGAAGAAGCCUUUAAAAACAUCCUUACAGGUAGUCAAAGUGACAAACAUUACACAAAGACUUCUUUAUAUCUUAAUGUUUAUCUAGAUUUAUCUGAUUGAUCUCUUUUCUCUGACACAGAAAUCUACCGAAUUGUAUCCCAGAAGCAAAUAUCAGACAGAUCUGGACACGAUGAGUCUCCUGGAAACAAUGUAGUGGACAUCAGCCUCCCUCCAACCACGGAUGGGCAGAAGGGCAAACUCCCUUGCUGCCAGAGCCCGUGACACUCCCAUUUUCUUUUCCUGUUCGACUUUCUGUCAGUCUUUCCUCCUUUCACCUUUGGUUAACUUCAGCUGUCAUGCAGCUGUCUUCAUGAUACUCUUGUGGGUUCAGAAAACUCUGACGCCAAGACUCUUGUAUCUGACAUUCCUUUAUGCUGUUCUUUUCACAGUUUUUUUUUUCUUCUUGGUUCAUUUGUCUUCCGCUGGCCUCAGAAGAAUCCAUGUUUUGAAUCUUAAGGGCCUCAUAAAAGCAUAAAGGAGGGUGGAGGUUUUUGCUAUUAUGAAGCUGAUCUCAAAGUUGUUGUAAACUCCAAUGUCUUGUAAAGGAAGUAGAUUUUAAGGUCCUUUUGACCCGCUCCUGCAGAAGGAAUGGUGAGGGAUCGGUAGGUGUGUGAAUUAGUGCUACAAGAGGUUUUCACAUGUCUCCUUUUUAGAGCUUCAGUGAUGUAGACUUUUUUCAUGAUCUGCUAAAGCAGAAGCCCAAUUUCAUGUCUGGUUGCCCUGAUUCUGCCUAUCAUGCAGUUCGGGAGGAGAGAAGUUUGCAGCAGUUGGGUAUUGAAGUGUUCACUUGUCUGGAGUUUCUAUUUGCCUCUUUAAUUUUAAUUUUCCUCUGCCUGAGCCCUGUGCCCACUGUGGCAUGAAAUUAGCAUGAGCUAGGGACCUGACUGGCUGUGAGUGUCUGAACUAAUAUGGGCUAGUGGGAAACAAAUGAAGUGUUUUAAUGGUGUGUUUGAGUGUGCGUGGUUGUGUGUGUUAAUCUUAGUGCACAAAAAUACCAAAGGAGACGGAUGCAAUCGUUAUCAGUUUUAAGUUUUCUCAUCGAAGCGCAUUAAUGGCGGCUAAAAAUGCAUUUUAUUGCUGUAAUUUGAUAACCAAUCCUGGCUGUUUAAGAAACCAUUUCAACACUUUAUCGCCACCUACAAAGUCAUGUUAAACUAUGUUUAAUUUGUUUUUUCAAUGAAAUUGUAGUCACGGCCUGGAUUAAGCCGUGUGUUCCCCUAACUGAACGCAGGCUGUCCUAAAGUUUGUUUUUUUUAGCACUUGUGUCCAAAUAUUUCAGUGGAACAAAUCAAGACGUAUUUUUAAAACACUCUCUACAUCUUUAUCAAGUAACAGUUUUCAUGUUGGUUGUAAAUCCCAGAGUGUUGGUUAAAGAAGUUCUUGAUAUGGUUCUUUUAUUGGUCUUGAACAUUUUCCUUGUGUAUCCAAUCAACCCUUGCUCUUUGAAUUAUUUUGAAUGUGAUAUCUGUCAAAGGGAAAUAGAUAAAGAUGUUUGUAAUCAAUCUGCAUCUCUCUCUCUCUCAUUUUACAAUUAAACUCCAGCAACAUUAAUGGUUAACAUUUGAUCAUACUGAGCUAAACACAGUUUUGUGUUUUAAUUUGGAUUCACAGAUUUUUUUCCAUCCCUGUUAAUUCAGGAAAAAUACUUGUUCGUGACUUUUAACAUUAAUUUGUGUAUGGUGUAUCACAUUUAUUAAAAAAUACAUAAAGAUGUACUUUGCAUUACAUCAAAAAGCUCAGACAAACCAAUCCACAUGACUAUAUAGUAGACAGACUUAUUUACGGAUGCAUUACUCAUCCAGUUUACCCUGAGCUUAAUGCUGUUGUGUAGCAGCUUAGGUUUCAGCUGAUGAGUGAUCUUGGCGUGAAGCAAAGUCUGUACAAAGUGCGUGCAGGGUGUUUCUGUCAAGGCCAUUUGACAGGCUACACUAAAUUCAGUUUUACAGCUUUUUAUUGAUUUCACAUGGUUCCUUAACCUUCCUCCUGUGUUAGCUUUUACUACACACCCAGCAUGUUAAGGGUAGGUUUAUGUCCUAAAUCAGCUGUAAAUUACACUAAAAACAAUUCUCUAUCAUUCAAUUUGGCUCUCAUCUCUAGGUUACCUUGUUAGACUUCAUUAUCCAUGAAAAUAUUGCUUAUAAUAGUUUUUGUUGUGGGCCUCUGGGUCUUUCUUUGUCAGUAUACCCCUCAUACAGACAUCUGUACUGAAUUGAUCUCACAUGUCUGGACAUGCCUGAUGUUUUUUGUGCUGGAAAUAAACAGGCAAAAUGAGAA